UCACGACUACAGAGAAAUGUGUAUACGAUAUCACGGGCAACUGUGUGACUCAGUGGGCAUAGUCUGGUGUCGUCUGCAGCAAACAGGCGAUUCAUCCAUUGAUACGCUGCGAACAUAGCAGGUCACCAGUACACAGUAUGUUUGCCGCUCUUCAGGGAGAAAGGUCAAAAUAUAGGACGGUCGCCUCGCCACUGGGUGACUGAGACAGCCCGUCUGCUGUCCAAAUCAAGGUCACUCCCUCGCUCUGUGCGAAAACACUAAUAGACAGAUGGUACAAACAGUGUGACUUGAACAGUAUAGGACCUGAACGGUGGGACCUGACAUCUUCAAAUAUACGCAAACAGAGGCGUUCAACUAUUCUACUAUGCCCUCGGUGUUAUCCACAAUAGGAGGGUACAUAACCCCUGUGUUGGAACUGGUGCAGUCGCUUCUACCCCAGGAACGAUCUGUCUCCACCCGUACUGCCCUCAUUUUCUCGUCCACCCUGCUGCUUGGCUAUCUGCUUCUGGGAAGGGAUGGGAAGAAACGACCCCCUGGGCCUAUUGCCUUCCCCGUCAUUGGCAACAUGCCACAGAUGGCCGGCAUCAGGAACAUCUAUCGGUUUAUGAUGAAGCUGCGACAUCGGUACGGCGACGUGUACAGGCUGAAGGUGGGGUCGAUGACGAUGGUGGUUGUGUUCGGACCUAACCUGAUACGAGACACUCUGGUGAACAAAAGCAGUUACGUCAUCAACAGGCCCAACUGGAUCUACAUUCUCAAGAAGAUCUUCAAUGGGAAAGGUGUCUUCUGGAGUAAUGGCGACCAAUGGCGCUCCAUGAGGAAGUUCGCUGUCAUGACCCUGAGAGACCUCGGGGUGGGGAAACGGUCGUUGGAGGAGCGCAUAUUCGAGGAGUGUUGCAUCCUAACCGAGACGUGGGAGGCCCUUGAGGGGAGCAGCUUCAAUGUCAAACCGUACCUGGCGAAUGCUGUAUCCAACAUCAUGUGUAACAUCGUAUUCGGGGAGAGGUUUGAGUACACAGACAAGGACUUCAACAAGCUGCUGGGAUACCUUGAGUUCCUGUUCAGGAACGCUGGUAUCCAGGUCCCCGAAAACUUCUUCCCAUGGAUCAAGUACAUCCGGGGGGAUGCACCAGCCCAAAAGAUGAUUAACAAUGACAAGAAGUUGCAGGAAUUCGUGCUGAAGAAAGUGAAUGAGCACCGGAUGGACUUUGACCCCGACAACCCGAGAGACUUUAUUGACUACUUCCUGAAGGCCGAGUUAGAGGGGGACGGUAAAAUUGCGGUAGAGGACGUGUUCCGUACCAGUGUGGAUCUGUUCCUGGCGGGUUCGGAGGCAACGUCUGUGUCGUUGCAGUGGAUGUUGCUGUAUUUGUCAAGCUUCCCCGACAUCCAACAGCGAUGUCAUGACGCAAUCCAGAAGGUGACAGGGGGCGGGCGGCCUGUGACGCUUGCGGACAAGGACAAGCUGACAUAUAUUGUAGCCACCCUCAACGAAGUCCUGCGUCUGGCAUCCAUUGCGCCGAUGACACCCCCGCAUGCUGUGACCAAACCAUGCGAGAUCGGAGGCUACCACGUCGACGCCGACACCAUUGUGAUAUUCCACAUCUACUCCGGCCACAUGGACCCUAAACACUGGAAACAACCGGAAGUGUUUCGCCCCGAACGCUGGAUAGACACGGAGGGCAGGAUCAUCAAAAACACGGCCUUUAUGCCGUUUGGAGGGGGACCUCGCACGUGUUUGGGGGAGCCUCUGGUGAUGAUGGAGUUGUUCCUGUUUGCCACCAACUUGUUGCAGCGGUUUGAGUUCCGACUGGAACCAGGAGCGGGAACCCCGAGUCUGGAAGGGUAUCAGGACGGCAUCACCAACUUACCCGUGGACUUCAACAUACAGGCAGUCACCCGCUCCACGGCCUGACUCUGGCAGCUCAGAGCAUCAACAAGUUCACAAUGUGUAGACUAACGAUUAGUAUCUGGAUAUAUAUAGUUUAGAUAAAAACAAAUAAAUCAUUUAGUGUCACACAACACCCAGUGACAAUGAAGAUUCAGAGCCUGUGGAAAUCUAGACUUGCUUCAAUCUAGAGCUUUAGCACUUCAUAAGGGGCUUGGCGGAAGGGGAGAUAAUGCGGUUCAGGGACUGAGGCUGACUACUUCGUGCGUAGCUGUCAUGUCGUCCUGGACAUCCACAGCCAUUUGGCUCCCUAGUAAGUCUAUUGUAUCAACACAAGUUUGGGAUGAGUUUGUCACCAGGGGGAUUCAGGGUAAGAUUGUCGUUACAUGAUGAGUCAUGAUGGGUUUGUGUGUAUGUUUGUAUCUUUGUGUGUGUGUUUUUAUAUGUCACGGUCAAACGCACGCGUUCUAACGGAACAUGCUGUGUCUAAAUAAAACAUUUGGAGCAUAUCCCAUGAAACAGA